AUGCCUCCCCCGAAGGGGCCCACCGCGUACUUCCUUUUCACAGAGGAGCAUCGAGCCGCGAUACAGAAAGAAUUGAACGAAGCAGCAGCGGUAGCAGUAGCAGCAGCGGCGGCGGCAGCGGCGGCGGUGACGACGACAGCCACAGUGGGCGCACCUCCAUCGCCUGGGCAGCAGGAUGGCGCGGCCAGCAGCAGUGGCGCACCGGCGAAGCCAAAGGCUGUCUCUGUAGCUGUGGUUGCCAAGGAGCUAGGUGCGCGCUGGCGGGCCCUGCCAGAGGACGAGAAGGCGCGCUACAAGGAGCUCGCGCAGCAGCGCGCCAGCGAGGCAGCCGCAGUCGCAGCGGAUGUGGGCGGUGCGCCAGGCGAUGAAUGCCGCGAGGACGCUGUGCACGGCGGCGCCGCUGCAGACCAGGAGGCUGGUGAAGCCGACGAGCAGCCGCGGCAGCCAAGCUUCCCGCUCGGCGUCGUGAAGCGCAUCAUGGCCGUGGAUCCCGACUUCAAGCGUGCCACCGCCGAUGCGGUAUGGCUCAUCAGCGCGGCGGCCGAGGCGCUGCUGGGGCUGGUGGCGGAGCGCGCUGGCAAGCAGGCGCUGGCCAAGAAGCGGAAGACUGUGAAGCUGGAGGACCUGCAGCACGUCAUCAAGUAUGACAGACGGCUGGUGGUGGCUGGCCUCAGGGAGGUGGCGGAGGACACGGCCAUGUUCGAGGCUGCCGCUGCCACAGCUGCAGCCAAGGCCGCGGCAAAGCCCAGCAAGCCCAAGGCUGGCGCCGAUGAGCAGGGACAGCUGGAUGCCAGCGGGGGAGAGGGGGACGCUGGUGGCGGCAAGAAGACUAGGCAGCAGCAGUCGGGGGCAGGGCGCGGCAAGGGCAGGCGGGGCCACGAGGAGGACAGGGCACAGCGCAAGCUCUCAGCAUUCUUUACAGUGAAGUGUUGA